UCUUGGUUUAGAAACUAGUAUUAUUACUUCUGUAAAUGUUGCUUUCAUUCCUAGUGUUGCUGGGAUGCUGUUUAACUAAAGAGACUCUCUUGAAGAGCAACUCAAUUAACAGCCUCCAAAAGCCAUUAAGGAACAGAGCCCCACACUCCUCUUCCCAUUUCACUGUUUGCACUUGAAAUGUCUAAAACCCGUCAAAGUCAACUGCUGUUUGUAAUCUGACAUGGCAACAUACAUUCAGUGCUAUUUGCUAUCUUUACAGUAAGUGUGAGUACUAUGAAAAACUUGUUACCCAGACUGAAAUAUCUCAGGCACAUGCAGUCUUGAAAUAACUGAUCAGUAGUAUGUCAGUAAGCAAAGAUAAGAAAUACCAUCAGCAAAGCCAACAAUACCAUUGAACAACAGGGUAGCUUGACUCUUAAAGGCUGGAAGUACUGAUGACUCAGUCAAAAGGCACACCUGGGUUGGAUCAGGUGGUUUCCUUUUUCAAUCAGCAGAAAAUUACAAAGAAAGAGAAAGGCUACUGUAGCAAAGAUCCUGAUGUCAGUGGAGUUUUGAAGCUAAAACCUAGUGAGUACUAGACUCCAGUGGGAAACCCUGACUAGGUUUGGGCUAGGAAGCUGAACUCAGCCUGGUAGGCUCUGGGAGUAACCUACUAACGCAGGGAAGGCCUGGGAGCACAAGAGACUGUUAGGAGUGAUCAGUUUCCAGCAUAGAGUCCUGAGGUGUGGGGGGUUGAGGCGACAGGAGGGAAAGGCUGGGGAGUGAUCUGAUAAGAAGCUAAAAUGAAUGGAUUGUGUUUCAGCAGUUUGAAUUUUGAGUAUAUUUUAUCUGAAUAAACCCAGACCUCCAGAAAGGAUGUUGUGAGUGGACAAAAGGGUAUGGAAAUUAAGAAGCCCUUUGGGGGAAGGUGAGGGAAAUGAGGCAGGCUGGCUGUAGGAUGACCCCAGGCCAGGAGAGGGUGGUUAGGAGGCAGUGGGCCUGAUCACCAAUACUCUAUGUAGCACCCUUCAUUGAAGGAUCUCAAAGAGCCUUGCAAACCUGCUUGUUGAAUAUAUUAAUCCUCGCAGGAUUUCUUUGAGGCCUUACUUGACUGUUUUGUGAAACAGAAGCAUAAAGAGUUUAUUUGACUUCCCUAUGAUCCCAGUAAAUGAACGCAAGAGUCCUGAUUCCUUUUCUUUUCUAACCAGCGGACGACCCUGCUGUCCUUCAGAUAAUCCUAAUGCCCUUCUCCUCUAGCGCCCAAACUGGAAAGGCAAACAAGGAAGUGCGCCGGGGGAAACUAACCAUUAAACUACUCUGACAAAACGCUCUUGGGCCGGGGGACUCUAGGUGCAGGGCUAUGUACAGUCCCGCUGUGGGGUGCAAGCCGCACCAGUUACUGCCUGGAACCCCGGGAGCCAGGAAGGCGCCGCUGCCGUAGCUCACAGCCCGAACACCCCUAGUCUGCUGGGCCCUCGGGGCGGCUCCACGCCCCCUUCCUGAGCACAGUGAAACAAAACAGUCAAGUGCAACAGUGCAAUGCAGGCACAACACAAAGGGGCAAGGUUAAAUUUACAGGUAUCUACAAGCAAUUGGCACAGGAUCUUGGCUUUAUACUCUUAACUGUCUUAGAGGGUGAGUUUUACGACGUUGGGAAAUAGCAAUUUCAGCUGAGAUCGGAGCUGUGACAUUGAUCUAAAGAAAUACUGCAGAUCCAUCUAGCAAUCGGAGUAUGGCUAUGAACAAUGGCAAUAGUGAUUUUGUGGUCCUGAGUAAUGGCAGCAUCCUCUCCAGUGCUACCAGUCCCAGCAUCCUUUCAGCUACUGAUGGAGGCAUUGCAGCCCAACAUCUCCCCUCUAAGGAAGCACCAAGAGCAAAAGUGAGUCCAAAUGGAUGCCUGCAACUUAAUGGUACAAUCAAACCAUCCUUUCUGCCUUUAGACAACCAAAGAACUCAACAGAUGUUGACACACUGCUGCCACCCUUGCCCAUACCAUCAUCCUAUAAGUAGCCAUAAUAAGCAGCAAGAAUGUCAUUCACUGGCUGGGAGCACAGCACCAUCUCCUAUGACUUCCUGCUGCCUGCAGCCACAUACUGAAUAUUCAGCAUCUAUCUGCCAAAAACAUACGCCUAUGUAUCAGGCCACCUGCUGCCUUCAACACUCCCCAUCAUUCUGCCUUCAUCAUCAAUGGCCUGACCAUUUUCAACAUCAGUCUGUUCAACAACAUGUAGCCAGUGUAAGACCUGCCAGACCAUUCAAAUUACCAAAAAGUUAUGCAGCCCUGAUAGCCGACUGGCCUGUGGUGGUUCUAGGCAUGUGUACUGUGUUAAUAGUGGUGUGUGCAUUGGUUGGCAUAUUAGUUCCAGAUCUUCCAGACUUCUCUGAUCCUUUGCUGGGUUUCGAGCCAAGAGGGACUGCAAUAGGCCAGAGAUUAGUCACAUGGAAUAAUAUGGUGAAAAACACAGGGUACAAAGCAACAUUGGCAAAUUAUCCUUUUAAAUAUGCAGAUGAACAGGCUAAAAGUCAUCAGGAUGACAGAUGGUCAGAUGAUCACUAUGAGAGAGAGAAAAGGCAAGCAGAUUGGAAUUUCCACAAAGACAGCUUUUUCUGCGAUAUUCCAAGUGAUCGAUACUCACGAGUGGUGUUUACUUCCACAGAAGGAGAGAAUUUGUGGAACUUGCAUGCAAUUAAAUCAAUGUGCAGUGUAGAUAAUUUGAGGAUAAGAUCUCAUUCCCAGUUUGAUGAUCUCUGCCAGAGGACCACUGCUGCUUCAUGCUGUCCCAGCUGGACGCUGGGCAACUAUAUUGCCAUUCUAAACAACAGAUCAUCAUGUCAAAAAAUUGUAGAACGAGAUGUUUCUCACACCCUAAAGCUGCUUCGUACAUGUGCCAAAUACUACUACAACGGAACCCUGGGGCCAGAUUGCUGGGAUGUGGCAGCCAAAAGGAAGGACCAGCUCAAAUGUACAAAUGUGCCUCGUAAAUGUACAAAGUACAAUGCUGUUUACCAGAUUCUGCACUAUCUAGUGGACAAAGAUUUUCUAAACCCAAAGACUGCCGACUAUGUCUUACCAGCUUUAAAGUACAGCAUGCUCUUCUCUCCAACAGAAAAAGGAGAAAGCAUGAUGAACAUUUACCUGGAUAAUUUUGAGAACUGGAACUCUUCGGAUGGUAUAACGACUAUCACAGGGAUUGAGUUUGGAAUAAAACAUAGUUUAUUUCAAGAUUACCUAUUAAUGGAUACUGUGUAUCCUGCCAUAGCCAUUGUCAUUGUUCUCUUAGUCAUGUGUGUGUACACAAAGUCCAUGUUUAUCACGCUGAUGACCAUGUUUGCAAUAAUUAGUUCCCUGAUUGUAUCUUACUUUCUUUAUCGGGUAGUAUUUAAUUUUGAGUUUUUCCCUUUUAUGAACCUCACUGCAUUAAUUAUUCUUGUUGGAAUUGGUGCAGAUGAUGCUUUUGUCCUGUGUGAUGUUUGGAACUACACAAAAUUUGAUAAAUCUCACGCUGAUACUUCUGAGACGGUCAGCAUCACCUUGCAACAUGCUGCUCUUUCCAUGUUUGUAACCAGUUUUACCACCGCGGCUGCCUUCUAUGCUAAUUACGUCAGCAAUAUUACAGCAAUCCAAUGUUUUGGUGUUUACGCUGGCACUGCCAUAUUGGUGAAUUAUGUUUUAAUGGUAACAUGGUUACCAGCAGUAGUUGUGUUACAUGAACGAUAUCUUCUCAAUAUAUUCAGUUGUUUCAAAAAACCUCAGCAAAGGGUAUAUAGCAACAAAGACUGCUGCACAGUGUUGUGCCAAGUGUGCCACAAGAUUAUUUUCGCAGUCUCAGAAGCAUCCAGGAUAUUUUUUGAAAAAGUCUUGCCAUGCAUCGUUAUCAAGUUUCGAUAUAUUUGGCUGUUCUGGUUCCUCGCUUUAACUGUAGGUGGAGCAUAUAUUGUAUGUGUUAAUCCAAAAAUGAAAUUACCAUCACUGGAGCUCUCCGAGUUUCAGGUGUUUAGGUCUUCUCACCCUUUUGAACGCUAUGAUGCAGAGUACAAAAAGCUUUUUAUGUUUGAACGUGUCCACCAUGGAGAGGAACUCCACAUGCCAAUUACAGUAAUCUGGGGUGUCUCUCCUGAAGAUAAUGGAGAUCCUCUAAAUCCUAAAAGUAAAGGAAAGCUGAAACUAGACAGCAGUUUUAAUAUUGCAAACCCAGCUUCACAGGUCUGGAUUUUACAUUUUUGCCAGAAGUUAAGAAAUCAAACGUUUUAUUACCAAACUGAAGAACAAGACUUCGCUAGCUGCUUUAUUGAGACAUUUAAGCAGUGGAUGGAAAAUCAGGACUGUGAUGAGCCAGCUCUUUAUCCCUGCUGUAGCCAUUGGAGAUUUCCGUACAAACAAGAAGUUUUUGAGUUGUGCAUCAAGAGGGCCAUCAUGGAGUUAGAAAGAAGCACUGGGUACCAUUUGUACAGCAAAACCCCAGGGCCUCGCUUUGACAUAAACGAUACCAUCAGGGCUGUGGUACUGGAAUUCCAAAGCACCUAUCUCUUCACACUGGCUUAUGAGAAAAUGCAUCAGUUUUACAGAGAGGUGGAUUCAUGGAUUUCUAAUGAGCUUAGUUCUGCUCCUGAGGGUCUUGGCAAUGGAUGGUUUGUGAGUAAUUUAGAGUUCUAUGACCUGCAGGACAGUCUUUCUGAUGGUACUCUGAUUGCCAUGGGUCUUUCAGUUGCUGUUGCAUUUAGCGUAAUGCUGCUUACAACUUGGAAUAUAAUUAUAAGCCUUUAUGCAAUAGUUUCUAUAGCUGGAACUAUAUUUGUCACUGUUGGCUCUCUGGUUCUUCUCGGAUGGGAGCUAAAUGUGUUAGAGUCUGUCACUAUUUCUGUAGCUGUUGGCUUAUCUGUGGACUUCGCUGUUCACUACGGAGUUGCUUAUCGCUUAGCUCCUGAUCCAGACCGAGAAGGAAAAGUCAUUUUCUCUCUAAGCCGCAUGGGCUCUGCAAUUGCAAUGGCUGCGUUGACCACAUUUGUGGCUGGAGCAAUGAUGAUGCCUUCCACGGUUUUAGCAUACACCCAACUUGGCACUUUCAUGAUGCUUAUAAUGUGCAUUAGUUGGGCUUUUGCAACCUUCUUUUUCCAAUGCAUGUGCCGUUGCCUUGGACCUCAAGGCACUUGUGGCCAGAUUCCUCUGCCAAAAAAAUUGCAAUGCAACAUCUUCUCCCAAGCUUUGUCAGGAAGCCAAGGAGACCAAGGACAAAACAAAGCACAUCCUGUCAACACAUUUCAGUUGGAUUCCGGAGGGCAAAAACCAGAAAUGGAGCAGGAGCAUUAUGAGUUAGAGCCUCUGGCAUCACAUACCAGUAAUAGUAAUUUAUCGGAGAAAGUAAGUUAUGAAGAAACCCACAUCUGCUCAGAACUUUUCAAUGGCAGACCCCCAAAUUCAUGCAUGCCUGUGCAUUCAGCAUAUAACAGUGAAUUGAAUAAAAGCAACAAAAAUGAAGCUGGCUCAACCAUAGUACAGCCAUGCAUUGAUCAGCAUCCCGUGUGCCCACUCUCCUCUCAGAACAGGCAGUGCAGCUGUCCAGAUGCAUAUAGGCAGUUAAGUGACACUCUGUGCUACCAUUGUGCUCCAUCAUCUGGUAAUGUUGUGCAGAUCCAAAACUCUGUGCCUCCUGUAAAUGUUUUACAGCAAGCUGUUGAAAGCUAUGUUCCCCCAGUCCAACAUGUGCUCCAUUGCAGUUGUCUUCAGAGGAGACUGAAAAGACCCAUGAUGCAGAACUCUCUGCCUAGAAAUUUUUUUCUGCAUUCAGUACAACAGUUUCAAACACAUGAAAGAAUAAACAGGAGAGAUCCACCUAGUCUUCAGAAUACAGAGGAGAGCAUAAGAACUCUUCCAAAGGUGACAAGCUCCUCACCGUUUAUCUGCAGAAGUGCUGGUUCUCUUAUAAAACCUUGUUCUGAAGCUGAGAAUAAUGUAUCAAGUAACCAAAAGGGACUUUGUAAAAUCAGAGACAAGUGUGAUUUAAGGGGUACAGAAGUAAGUGAGAAUGAAGACAAGAGAACUUCAGUAUCAAUGCAGAAGAAGAUAACUGAAAUCAAGAUAGAUCCGAAUCCAUCGCAAACCGGCCAACUUUUGAAGGCUGACCAAAAUGAUCAGAAACACAUACUGAACAGUAUAGUGAGAGAGGCUGGGUAUGAGUCUUGCCCUGAAAAUACACAAUAUUGUAACAGAACUAUAACAGUGAAGUGCAAUUCUGUUGACGGUCACAUGCCAAACAUUGAAGCCAAUGUGCCUGCUCUGUUAAUGCAUCCAGAACUUUCCAAUGAAAGUUUGUUAAUAAAAACGCUAUAAUAAAUCUUACAUUUGGCAAUCCUAUGUGUCUCUUUUAAAAUUAAUUUAAUUUAAAAACAACACUAUGGAUAAAACAAAUUUAUAUUAUAGCACCAUUUUGAAAUGGAAAAUAUAUUUUACAGAACAAUGAACACUUGUUAAAAUUAGUUAAAAAACCCAUUACUAUGUAAUGAAACCUGAAGUUGAGAAUGACUUUCUGUAAGUAGUAAGAGGCUUGCACUUAAAUUAGUUUGUCCCAGAUAUUUGAGUCUGAGUUCUCCUUUUCCCACCAUGCUGAAAAAUAAAGCAUUCCAAAGAGACUGUACCCUUUAUCAGACCACGAUUUAGGAGAUUUGGUAACAUUUUGAGGAAAGGGGAUGCUGCCAUAUUGUCCAAGUAUACUCCCUACUCAAUUCCUUUGCUCUCUUAGGAGGCUUACAGGAGCUAUGAAUGAUUCAAAUCUAAUCAGCCCUUCUGCUGAACACAAUGCUGGCACCUGAAAGAGCAGGAGUUGCCAUGGCUGUUUUGAAUCAAGAUCUCCUGUAGUCCGUGUUUUCAGUGUGUUCAGUUGGGAGUAUGUUUAAUUGUUAAUGUGAUAUUAUAAUGAAAUAAGAAAAGCAGCCUCUUUGGAGGUCAACAGAGAGAGAGAUGCACUGGAUGUCAUUACUAGAUAUACAUACUGUACAGUAGAACCCAUUUAAAACUGGCCAUUAGUGACAGUUACUAUAUAGAGACCUCUUAAGGACACAGGUUAACAGUGGUAACCUUAAUUCAGAUGGUAACUGGAAAAUGCCUACUUUUUAAUGACAAUA